GUUUUUGGUGUAAAAGUAAACACAAAAUGUUUUUCAAAUUUAAAGACAGGAUUUUAACGAAAAGACAAUACGUUUUGAAUGCAAUAAAUGGACACAAAUUGAGUACAAAAGCAAAAGAAAGUGGUUUUGUAUUCAAAGAGUCGGUCAAUAUAUUGGACAACAAGUAUUUGGUGGACAACUGGACUAAUAUCACACCAAAGCUGGUCUCACAUAUCGGACGCAAUCUCUACCUAAAGAGAGGCAAUCCUUUGUAUCUGUUGUCUGAAGGGAUUCGCCAUUACUUUCACGAUUACGACGCCUUCGUCUUCGAGGAUCCGGUCGUCGACUUGAAGGCCAACUUUGACUCACUAUUCAUACCCGAAGAUCACGUCUCGCGUAAGAAGAGUGACACGUAUUAUGUGAACAAAGACUAUGUCCUCCGAUCGCAUACCAGCGCUCAUCAGAACCACUGCCUCCACAAGAGAUCCACGGCUUUCCUCUGCAUCGCUGAUGUCUAUCGGAGGGACGAAAUCGAUAGAAGACAUCACUCGGCCUUUCAUCAAUGCGAAGUCUUCAGGCUUUACAAUCGCAACAGUCCUCAGUUAGCCGAAAGAGGUAUUAAAGCCAUAUUCGAGAGUCAGAAAGGGUUGAAAACGGAGACCAAACAAGAAAACCAUUGCCAACAAGUGGUGGAUAUAAUUGAACGCGAAAUGAAGACAACGAUUGAGUCGUUUGUGCGAUAUUUGUUACGACAGGACAUUGAGAUGCGAUGGGUUUCGGCUUACUUUCCAUUCACUCAUCCGAGUUGGGAACUCGAGAUAUACCACAACAACGACUGGAUCGAGAUCUUGGGCUCCGGUAUUGUUGAGCAUAAACUGUUGGCCAACGCCGGACACAACGAGAGUAUUGGUUGGGCGUUAGGUAUAGGUUUGGAAAGGCUGGCAAUGCUUCGCUACCAAAUACCCGACAUUAGACUCUUUUGGACCAAAGAUACCGGAUUUUUAUCGCAAUUUGAAAACGCGUCACAUUUGGAUCAAAUAGUUUAUAAACCAAUUUCAUCGCAUCCACAGCUGGUGUUCGACAUAUCGUUUUGGUUGCCGUCCGAAGUGAACUGGUGUUGCAAUGAUUUCUAUGAUUUGGUCAGAAAUAUGGGCGGAGAUCUGAUAGAACAGGUGAAAGUGAUCGAUCAGUACACCAGCAAAGCGGGCAAGAAGUCACACACCUAUCGCAUUGUCUACAGAAGUCACGAACGAAUGCUCACUAAGGAUGAGGUGAAUGUGAUCCACAAGAAUAUCGAAAGGUAUGUCAUCGACGAAUGGAAGGUUGCCAUCAGA